GGGCUACGCACGUAAAUAGGCCGCACGCAACGAAGUGACAAGAGCCAAUACUUGUACGAAAGAAGGACAGUCGCCUAGGUGUGCAAGUCCAGGCCCAUGGCGACAACUUCGACAGCCGAGACGGCUUCCGAGAAAAGAGGCGCCUUCGGCAGCGAACUUCACCAGACGUGUACCCAUAAGAAGACUCGCGUAUGUCGACUGCUGCGACACCUGACAGAGUGCAACAAGAUCUUAUGGCAUGCGGGCUUGCAGCUACGAGAGGACGCUCGAGAUGACCUUGGCGACGUCAGCAUCGCGAUGGUGCCAGUGCUUUGCCGCGGGUUUCCGUGUUGCCGUUCCGCGCUUCACGACGAGCAGGAGGCAGUGCAUCUCCUGCGCUGUCUCUUGACUGUACACCGAUGCAUUGUUUCUGUACAGGUGAAUUACUGCUUUGCGAAAAACAGUUCUCUGCUCGAAUCCCUGGUGUCUUCGUCGAGCGUGAGAAGACUCAGCAUCUUUGGCAUCCCGAGCGACGAACGGGAAGCCCUACAGAAUCUCGCCAACGCCAUCGGGUCACAGGACACAGUCUCAGAGUUGGUGUUUCUGGACGGCUACGAACCGUGCGAGGUGAAAAUGGCGAUUCCCACUCGUCUGUUGGAACGGCGUAGUGCCAGGGUUACCAAGCUUGACGUCGCCGACUUGGAAAUGAAUCCGCGCAUGGCCUGGAAGCUAAUCGAAGCGCUCAUCGCGAACGGCACCAUCACGGAACUCGCCGUCGGCGCCAGCGUCUUCGCCUGCGGCCCCGCCAUCAACAUGCCAUCGGAAUUGUUCGCGCAGUAUCUGGCCAAGGAAAAUGCGACCCUCCGAAAGCUCAUUCUGAGAGCGCGUUACUUUAGCAGCGCGUCCGGGCUGCGGACCUUGACCGAAUCUAUCUCCGCUAUGACGACUUUGGAAGACCUCGUCGCGCAGUGGCACGCCAGAAGCCGAGACUGCUCGAUAUUCUCGACAGUGGUCAGCGCCAGCCGGUCACUUCGCAGUUUGAGCUUGCACCUCGCAGGCUGCUGCAGCGGACCAAUUCCCCAGUACCGAGCUCGAGGGAUCGAGGCGUUCGACGUUCGGCCCUGGCUGUCGGCGUUGAGGAAAAACAAUGGUUUAAAGAAACUAGUCCUCGACAUUCCGUGGUCCUCAACCAAGGACUGCUGUGCCUUACUGCAAGAGCUUCGGAGUAACGACUGCCUCCAAAAACUUAUCUUGCGUAGUCUUCCCGACGACGGUGGUCUGCGUGAAGUUUGCCGAGUCAUUCGGGACGGCGGCGUUAGCCACAGAGUUCACAUCGAAGACCACCACGUUGGCCCCGAUGACGUGCCAACGCUUUCCGAUUCCAAAGAACUCGCAGCCGUCACGGUGAGUUCGCGACACUUUUUCCAAGACGUGAUUUGUCUACGACGCGCUUUCGAAGUCCUGACUUCUUGCAAACACGUAACGUCGCUUUCUGCGCGUUGUGAUCGGUUCACGGAAGACCUCUAUGCGUCACUGACUGCUUGCAUAAAAGGCGCAACCACUUUGAAAGAAAUUAAUCUGAACAUCGAAGUCGACUGCUUCCGUGGAGAAAGAGACGAGAGUGUCACUAGGUCGGCCAUGUUGGACUUGUUACGCGCAUUGUCGUCCUCGCGAAGCCUCGCGAAGAUUACGCUGGAGUGGACCAUGCAUCUGGGCGACGAGCACGCGCGAGCGCUUGCCGACGCAGUUCUCACCAACCGUCGCCUUUACGAACUCUCGCUCACGGUUGUUGACGAAGCUUUCUGUGCAUCGAUCCUCGGUCAUCUCAAUCCGGGCCUGGCGCAAAACUACAGCAUCCUUCACCUGGAGCUUCCCAUCAGCCCACAGUGUAGCGCUGAGAUAGCCGCUGCGCAGGACAUCGUCCGACGCAACUGCAGCCUCGUCGACCGAGCGACCAGGUUCGUGAUGGGAGACCACGAACCGUACUGUGCGCGGGUCGUCGAGCUUGUCUCGUGGCACCCGAAGCUCGUCGACAAUGUUCGUCGUAUGGCAAACGUGACCGAAAACGAAGCCGCGGCCAUCAUCAGAAGUGCUCUGCGGCUUCCGUGCCUCACGGACAUGCGCGAGUUCAUGAAGCUCAUCGGUGUCGUCGAGGAUCGCGUUCAGUGCCACAUUCGGCGGGACGGCAACACGCAGCUAGACCAACUGAACCACGACUGCUGGCUGAGCAUCCGUCGGUACCUGAAGGUGGCCGACGUUGCGGAUCCCUGAGGCUCGCUUACCAGGUCAUUCUUGUGUGUGUGCACCACGCCGGUGGAACACCGUUGUGAAUCAUCUUCUUUAAAAAAAUAUCCUCCAUUCGAACGGUUGCACCCCCAACCCUUGAACCUUCACCAUGCGCCGCAGGUCUUUGCAGUCGUAAACUUUAGACUGAAACAUAGAUUUCCCGGAAAACAGCGAGUACCCUGCGAGUACGUGCGCUCUUGCAGCUUGUCCGUGGAGCAGGCGGCAUUCACUUUUACUUGUGCGUCGUCAGCUGCAAUCAGCUCAAGGCGCACGCACACGUGAUGGCAGCCGUAUUAACAACGAAUGAGCCAGAAGGUACUGAUACACCAGCCGUUACACCGCGUCAUCUUGCAGAAGAUUGUAGCCGCUAACUCAAAAUUCGAUGCAGGAGCUGAACUCGUGGUAUGGCGAAAUUUCGCCUUCGGAAUUUUUCAGUGCUCUCUUGAACGUCAUGGGUCAAUGUACGGAUGGGCACCACAAGAGUGGUAAAAUGCUGCCUGCGUGAAACUUUUUUGUACUGCAUACCACAAAAGUAUAUCACAUGCGCAUGCCACAAACUGUUAAUGCGAGAGCGGCCAUAAUCUCGAGGACCUUUUUCCUCAUUUCAUCUUGCAUAACUUCCAGAACCUUCAUCAGCACUUUCAUUCUAUUCUCCUAUAUUCUCGACAUGCAGGAGUCAUGUCGAGGCUUGACAAGCCGCAUCUACUCUGGUGGUUUCCAUUACCAAAGAAUAUUCUUUUUUAUUCCGUUUAUUUUCAUCCAACAACGAAAGACCGUUUUUUUUUCUUUGCGAUGGUCUGAUCACUCUUUUAUAUCUCGUCAAUGCAAGCCAGCAACACAACGAGUAUUUUAUUAACUUCGCUUUUAACAGCUGUGUUAUCCGCUAUGACCUUGCAAGACUUUAGGAUCGGACGUGACAUUUGUCCUAACGCAAUUGAUCAUUUUAGUUGCCUGAAUAAAGAAUUUUUAGAACUA